AUCGACCAGCCACAGAAAAAAUCAAGCCUCGAUAUGCCGAAGGACAAGGAAUUACUAUGGGGUGUCAGCGAUCUGUUUACGGAAGAGACGCUCGAAGAAAUUCUACGCAAAGCUUCUGGAGAAGAAGAUGUGAAAGUAUCAAGUUGGGAUUUUGGAGAAGCAGGCAAGCAGGGGGAUGGCUACUUGUCCGUAGUUAAUAGGAUUAAAGUUGAGGGGGAGGCAGGUGGUAAACCAGUCGAGGUAUCACUGGUUGUUAAAUCAUUGCCGAGAAAUAUCGCCCGGAGAAAAACUUUCAGGAGUGAAGAAUUUUUCCGCAAUGAAAUUGCGUGUUAUGUCGACAUAUUCCCGAAGUUCAAAGAAUUCUUGGAGGCGAAGGGUUGCAGCUAUGCCCUUGUUGUACCUGGCUGUUGGGCAGCCGUGUGUGAUGGAAAAAAUGAUUUUCUGGUCUUGGAAGAUGUCAAUGUCCGUGGGUUCGGUCCUGUAACACGUCAGAGUAGUCUGAAUUUUUCUGAGUGUACCUCGAUUCUAACAGCAUUAGCCAGAUUUCAUGCGAUUUCAUUUGCCUACAAAGAUCAAAAUUUAGAAGAGUAUCAGGCAUUUGCGUCAAAGUUACAGGAGGUUUAUUUCUCUCCUCGUUUGUACGAUUGGUACAAAAAAUUUCAGGCCAAUAUUUUCCAUCUAGCAAGAGACAGUUUCGCUAAAGAAUAUCCAGGCAGCAAAGCAGAAGCAGUCUUUGCUAAUUUGUCACUAAGAGAAAUGUACGAUAGAAGCAUUGAGUAUUGUUCUCGUACCAACACCCCGAGUUCGGUGGUGACUCAGGGGGAUUGCUGGGCGCCAAACUUUUUGAUCAAAAGAGAAGCAGAUGGAACAGCGAUUGCACUUGCGCUUGAUUUUCAGUUAGCCCGAUGUUCCAGCCCAGUAUUAGACGUGUCUUUUUGCAUUUACACUUGUACUGAGAAAUUACUACGUGACGAACAUUAUGAAGAUCUGCUCAAAAUAUAUCACAAUGAACUCUCCAAAACUAUCAGUGCAUUAGGAUCAGAUCCAAAGAAGCUUUACCCAUGGGAUGUCUUCAUGAAAGAGAUCAAAGAACAAAGUGUACAUGGCAUAAAUUCUGCCCUGGAAGCUAUACCAGGGGCAGUGUUAGAUCCUUCGGAGGCUUAUAAUUUGGAUUUCCUUCAAGGAGACGAGCCAGUAGACAUAGGUGAUAUCUGGUAUUCCGAGAGCAUCAAAACAAAAGAAGGAAGGCGCCGGAUUGCAGAUGUUAUUACGCAUGCAGUUGAAAUGAAUUAUUUAUGAAAUUUGAAUCCUUGUGUUCAUCGUAUUUGAAAAGGAAAAAACUCUAAAUUGAAUGUAUCAGCACACAGCGUAACUUCUGCACUAGGAAACUAGACUUCGUUAGCUUCUUAUUGUAAGCUGCACUACGUUUCAGGCAGGAUCUUACUAAAUUUGCAAGUCUUACCAUCAAAUUCUCUCAACAUUUUAAAUGAAAGCUGCAACUUAUGAUUUGCAUCUUGAUUGGCUUGUAGAAAUACAUCCAUUAGCGCACAUGUGUAAUCUAAUUAUUUAAGAAACUUGUGACACAGUCACACAGCCGCCUAACUGUCAAAUGAAAAAAAUAUUUUUUACGAAUAGAACUCUAUAGUAAUUUUUGUAA